AUGGCGGAUCAUACUUACCGAGCCACAGAAGGACUACUCGUCGCCAAAACGAGGGUAAACAUCGGGGUAGCCUUUCCCAGGUGGAAAGAGCUAAUGAAGGAGAAAGACUUCCAAAGGGACGCUGAAGUUGCCUGCUUCCUUCUCGACAGUUAUGAGAGUACUCUUGGGAUUGAGAACUCAUCAACCCCCAUCAAGGCAAAACGUUUUCAAGUGCAAACUGCUCCAGCAUUGUCAAGCAUUUCCAGUGGGACAGAUAGAGAUGAACAUCUGAGUGCAAUUGCAGAGGCACCGGAAAUUGAAAGCCUUGAGCAGAGCAUGCAUGACAUGAGCAUUGUUGAAGAGGAGUUGAAUGAAAAUACCUUCAACGACCCCAUGAACAGUGUAAUGGGUGGUGAGCUGAAGGGAGCACAGGUAAUUGAUAAUCUGCCAACUAUCGGGAUCGCUGAGACUGUGCACGACCUGCCUGCCCCUGAAGUCCCUUCUGAUGAGCCCCCAAGUCUCGAGCUGCCAAUUUUGCCAGGCCCUCAGAAGGUCCUCAGUGAGGAUGACAUUGUUGGCCUUGUGUUGAAGUUUGGCAUGCAGGCUGGGGACUUUCUUCUUUCCACAAACAUCUUACUCUCCGGAAACAACUACACUAAAGUUGCUCUCCUCUUCAAAUUCAUGAACAUGCGAAUGGUCAACCCUAACACACACUUCACCAUCCAGGACAGCUAUUGUGUUGACCCUAUAAAAACAUUCUGGGAAGAGAAGAGAUCUGAGGCCAUCAGCCGACUUCAAGGGAAAGAUGUGGUACUCCUAGGUGAUGGCAGAAAUGACUCACCAGGGCAUUCUACACAAUACUGCAGCUACACGACCAUGGAGCUUGACUCUAAGGAAAUUGUCUAUGUGGCUACUAUAGACAAGCGACAGACCAACUGGAACUCCAAUAUCAUGGAGAAGGAGGGUUUUAUCCAGACUGUGGACAAGCUUACCCAAGACCUAAAGGUAGUGGAGUUCUGCACGGAUGCUCAUGUCCAGAUUGCAGCCCUUUUGAACCCAGACAAAGGCAGAUAUAAGGAUCUGAGAAUUCACCACAGCCUGGACAUGUGGCACGGUGCCAAAAAUCUGUCCAAAAAGAUCUCUACCGUCUCCAUGCAAAAUACAUACAUGAAAUAA